CGUACCAAAAGCUUCAUGAUGCCCUUCUUGCCUUUGGCUUCUCUCGUAGACACGUUUGAUAUCAAAGACCUCGGAGAGCUGAAAUACUUUCCUGGAAUCGAAGUCUCUCGUUCCGACAAUGGUCUAUUCCUCUCUCAACGGAAAUACACAUUGGACCUACUACAAGAUACGGGAAAGAUAGGGGCUAAGCCAGCAAGAACACUUCUAGAAACUAACUACAAGGAUGCAUCAGAUUCAUCGCCCUUUUUGGACACCGAACGUUUCUGGCGAGUGGUGAGUCAAUGGAUGCAUGCACCUACCGUUCACACUGGCAUAUGGUGGAGCGUAUUCUAUGUUAUCUGA